CUUACUACUACAAGACUAUGAUAUCGAGGCUUCGAAUCUGUCAAGUACUGAUCCUAUUCAUAUUAUACACUUAUUUGUAUAUUCUAUCUAGGUUGCCGACUGCACGUGGACUGAAAUACGGUCGAAGUCCUUGCGAAGUUCUCCGGCGGCACGUUACAUUAGCCAGGUACUGGGAUGAGACCGUCAGUCCCGGGUUUCGAAAGAGCUGGCGCGAACGAGCAUUUUAUUGGCAUGUUUCAUAUUUGACCCAUACCGUACCGUCAAACAUUUCGAAUGCAUUGUACGACAUAUGGUACGGUACGGGUAGUACCCGUAAGUUCACCGUAAAUUGUACGGUAUAUACGGUCACGGUGACUAGUACUUCCUACCAACGACAAAUUCUUCGAAUUCGGGUCACGCUGCCUCACGCAUGCUCGUUUCCUUCCAGCUCCGUCUUCCCACUUGUUUACUUAUUCUACUCUUCCGUCUUCGUCUGAUUCACCAAGCUCGAGUCUAAUGGCCUCGAUUUACUCAGUGGAUGGCUAUUUUAAUAUGGAAAUGUCUG